GAAGUCCUCGCGCUUAAGGCUCGCGCGCAUUUACCGCUGUCAAAAUUGUUUACUAUUUACUAGGUUAUAUUGAAUAUUAAUUUCCGGGCAUAAUAUUUUUAAUGUGUUUAGUAGUUUAAUUUUUGUAAAUAUGAAUUCGAAAAGAAUAACUCUCUCGCUUUUAGGACAAUUAAAUAUAAAUUUUCUGUGAUAGUUAUAAUCACUCAACCAACUGGAUUUCGACCUAACAAAAAAUACGCUAAUUAUUAGUUGCAUUGUAUAAUGUUAUCACAAAAUGUAUGACGAUGACAACAUUACUUGUACUCCAAAGCGAUAUGCGCUUUCUGAAGUCACUAAUUCAUCGAGUUAUGUAUCACCGACAGCUAACCUAAAGUUACUGACUAGUGUGGCAUUGCAAUAUCCCACGCCACCACCUAGUACCGUCCACCGUAGAGAGAAGUCGCUGCAAAUACUAUGUGACAGAUUUCUCACCCUUUUUCCUCUACACACAAGUGGCAGUCUCGAAAUUCAGUUGGACAGCACUGCUGCCCAGUUAGGUGUAGAAAAAAGACGGAUGUAUGAUAUAAUAAAUAUAUUGGAAGCAAUGCAAUGUGCUGUCCACAAAAGGAAGAACACAUACCUCUGGUAUGGAGGAUCAAGACUGAAUUCUUUUUUGAAAACAUUAAAAAAGCAGGGAGAACACUUGAAACUGUCGGAAGCCCUCCGUGGGCGGGCACCAAAGCCACCAGCACCUAAACACAAAACACUUGGAAUUUUAGCUCAAAGAUUCCUCAUGUUAUUUUUAGUAGAACCUCCUAACACAUUAAUAAAUCUGGAGAUGGCUGUAAGAGUAUUAAUUGAUACAUCCAGCAAGAAUCACACUGUUCUCUCGCCUGAACAGCAAGAUCGACAACACAAAUCCAAAGUCAGGAGGCUAUAUGAUAUUGCCAAUGUAUUUAUUUCAGUUGGUCUCAUAGAAAAGGUAUCUGGUAAUUCAAUAUUGAAGAAGCCAGUGUUUAAGUAUAUAGGGCCCUUUAAAGUUAAGAAAUCUGACAAAAAUGUUGACACUUUGCUUUUAACUGGUGACAAUGUGGUUACUGCCACACCAUCCCCUAUUACUCCACUUGUACAAACAGACAGCCAGAAAACACCAACAUUUCAUGUGUUUGCUGGGAGGUCUAAAAGGAAACUGGAAUUCACAACUCCAAAUUCUGGCAAGGAACUAAAACUCGGUGUCACCACACCUCCCCACACACCAACACAUAAGUGGGAUGAAAUAUUGCUUGUGGCUGACAUGGAACUGACUAAAAUUAAUAAUGAAGCUCUGUUGUGAUUUAUUUAACAAAUCUAUAGUUUUAGACGUAUAUUUGUAUACUUUAUAGUCUUCCAGGGGAUAUGUAGGUCUCAUAUACUUAUUUUAUUUAUAUAAUUUUAUUUAUAACAAAAUUAACAAUAACUAUGUUCCUGUAGUUAAAUUAAUUGUUAUUUAAAACAAAAAUUUUAUCUUUGUCACAGACAAUAAAUAUAAAGUGCAAUUUACAAACUGUUAUAUCAUAAAAAUGCCUUUUCAUAAAAGGUUAUUUCAUGAUAAUCUACAUAUUUAAAGAACAGUUGUGAGCAUAUUAAUUUUUAUUAUAGAAACUAAGAAUCAAAUAUAUUGUAAAAAUUUUAAAGGAUUCAAAUUAUAGAUUGUAUUCAUUAUUGCUGCUAAUUUAUUCAUACAAAUUCUGAUAUAAAUUACAUGGUCUAUCUUCUGUCUUUCAAAUAAUUGAGAUUGUAAGAUUUUGUUUUCAGAAUUAUAAAAAGAAUAAUAUGUGUGGAGAUUAAUUUAUGAAAUGAGAAAGUACUUUAUAUUAGAAAAUGAAAUAAUAAAUAAAUAUAAUAAAAAGUUGUGUAUUGUGUUGAAAAAGCUAUCAUAUAUAUUUGUAUACAAAUAAAUAUUUCAUCAUUUUGUAAACAAUAUAAUAAAUAUGUUUGAUGAUAAAUAGAUCAGGUGAAACUCUACAUCCUUUUCUAUGUCUACAAAUAUUACUAAUAUGUUAUGAAGGUUGAUUGAGCUAUUAAAAUGCCAAGAGAUAACAAAAAAAAAACUGAGUUUCACAAUUAUAAUAUUAGUAAGAAUAAAACAUACAAAAUCGUUCUGAUCUUGUGCCUUAACACUGUGACAUCUGUUUGAUCAUGGCGCCCACUAUUCGAACAUUAAAUUGUAUUUUUUUUUUUUAAUUUUUACUACAAACUUAAUGACCAAAUUAAUAAACUACAUCUUCUAAUAUAUCAUUGUUCACAAAUUAGAUGAUUGGUAAAUUGAUCUCGUCACACAGCAGCAUUAUGAAUAAUAAUAAUCACUUUAGUAAUACUAUAUUUUUUAUAAAUAAAUAAAAUGUACCUACUUUAAUGUUUACAUUUAAAAUUGUUAAAUAUUUAAAAAGAAAUUAAAUGUUUAAUAAUGUUAAUGUGGCAUAUUAUAUACAUGCCGACAUUUUUAUGUAAUAGACUGGAUUGCGUCAAACUAUGAAUACAGUAUGUACUAUAGACAGUAGUAUAACAUACUAUGUACUGACAGGCUGAAAAUGCAAAUACAACGAGACAAGAAAAUAAUUACACUAGUGUAUGUGUUUUGUAUAUGCGCCAGAUUUGAAUUUGUAAAGAAUUAAGUUGCAAAAACAUCAAAAGUUUCAUAUUUGUUAUAAUUUGAAUUACAAUUAGGCGACCUUCAGAACUUUUUGGAUUAAAUCAUAUAUUCUAUCAAUUCUUGUACAAAAUAUUUCUAAUCGUUCUUCGUAAGGGAUUGGGAGGUCUAUUAUGUAUGUAACCAGAAAUCCCGCAGAUGUGUCACUUUGCCUGUCCCGCAAUUUCACUAAAUAGGACCGCAAAGAAAGUCUAAGGGUUAUACCAAUCUUCAGAGUUAUAAUUUUACCCCUGGGAGUCCUGGGACUGACUUUAUUCACAUACAAUUUAUGAUGACAUUUCUUGACAUAAUAUAUUGUUUUACUAAUGUUUUCCAUAAAUACAGCUUGUUUAUAAGUUAUGAUUUGUAACUCAUUUAAUACACAAUGAAUUUAAUUAUGCAUUUAAAAUUAGGUCAAAUUUAUGUAAUAUUUUCACUCUGUGAAGUGCAUGUUUUCACUGGUGUUAUUCAUAUUUUGUACUAAUUUAUACCAACUCAAUCAUUUCAUCAUUGUAUGUCCUUCGCCUAACACUAAAUAUCAAUCUCAUCACAGAAAUUGAUGGUUUUGGUGUCAAAAAUAUACAUAUAUUAUAUGUAAAACCCAUAGUUUUCUUGAAACUGUUGACUUAUUAAAAAAUAUCCCAUGUCUUUCUUUUUCAAAUUGCUAAAAUUGAUCAAGUGGUAAGAAAUAAACUAUUUUUUGUUAUUAGUUUAUUAUAUUUAUCUUAUUAUGCUGUCAAAAUAAUAAUAUUUUUAUCAUUUCUGUUAAAAUGUUAUUAAAUUUUAACGUUAAUUAUAUAAAUUAAAAAGGUACUAACUAAAUAGAAUGCAAUUUAUUUCAAGUAUAAUCAAGUUCUAAAUCCACUAAUUCUAAGACCGAACACAUAUGUUUAUUAUUAACAAAACCCUACAGUCACUCUUGCAAACUUUACUAGAGUGAAAAUAUAAUAUGUUUUACAAUGUAAAAGAUUUACGAAAAGUUGCUUUUAUUAUUUACUAUUUGUUUUAAGCUAUAGAUCUAUUAAAUGACUUGAAGAAAUAA